AUGUCGCAGAAAAUAGGGCAUACAGGAUUGGCUUUUGCCAGGUUAUGGCAUCAUGUGGAUGUGGCUAGGGAUCAGAGAACGCUCGGUAGAUUAGCCUCAAGUAUCGCCGUUACUUUGAUGGGCAAAAAUAAACCUAUCUAUGACCCAGCAAUCGACUGUGGGGACUAUGUAGUGGUUACAAAUGCUCAGAAUAUUAAUGUUAGUGGUAAAAAGUGGCAGCAAAAGACUUACUGGUCUCAUAGUGGAAAGCCGGGCAAUUUGAAAUUGAAAAAUAUGGAAACUUUAGCGUCUGAAAAAGGACAUGGUAUGACUUUGAUCAAGGCUGUCAGUGGUAUGUUGCCUAAGAAUAGGUUACGUAAAGUGAGACUAGCUAGGUUAAGGGUCUACGAUGGCAGUGAGCAUCCAUAUAAAGAUAAUAUUACUGCCUUUGCUGAUGAUCAACCGCAACUAAAGAGCGAUGGGACUGGCGCAGAGAAAUGA